UUGUAGGAAUUGCAUUGGCAGUCCUUGCAUCACAAAAGGUUGUGCAACCUGCUGGAAAGCCUGCUGACUGGCAUCAAGAGUUACAGCCCCUUGUUGGGCUUGAAACUGUUCCAUAGUGUGAAUAGAUCUCUGACUUCUAUACAAUUGGCUCAGAUUUUUAAGAAGACACAGUUAUAUCGUACCAAAAAUUGAUAGACGGAAUAGCCAAAACCACAGUGUACGUCGAUCAUUUCUCCAAUCAAUAAUGGUGAGGCGGGUCACGUGACGAGACUAAUUUCCUAUCAAAUAACAUGAAAUUGUGUACAUUGCCUACAGACUUAUCACGGAAAAAGUGGGCUGGACAAAUUAGAACGCCAAAGAAUGACCUUUUGGUCAUGGGGUGCCAAUUCGUACGGCCAGCUUGCCCAGGGUGACUGUGACGACAGAUUAUUACCAAAGCCUGCUACCAAUGUUCCAGCAAAUAUCAAACUGAUACAUGGUGGAGGUGGCCACACUCUAGUUAUUGCUGGUAUUGGCAAGCUGUAUACAUGUGGAUCCAAUAACAAAGGUCAGUUGGGUUUGAACAGCACAGAUGACGUAUUUGUUCUGACACCAGUCACAGUAGGCAACGAUGAAAAUGUUACCAUAGCAACAGGAGGAUGGGACUUCUCUCUAGCAAUAACAGAAUCAUCUGAUUUGUACAGUUGGGGAUCAAACACAUUUGGGCAGUUGGGAGAUUCAAGUUUACCAAACAAGUGUUUAGUGCCAAGAAAGAUAUGCGAGGGACUGAAGUUUAUUCAAGUGGCAGCUGGUCUCAGACAUGUUGUAGCAUUAGCAGAAAAUGGUGAUGUGUAUUGUUGGGGGCAUUCAAAGAAAGGACAGUGUGCUGUUCCAGUAGAUGAGAAACCGCCAUUAAAAGUGACCUCACCUACUAAAGUAAUGUUUCCGGCUGGUAUUGGGAGAGUAGUGUCAGUGUCUGCUGGAUCGUACCACACUGUCGCUCUGACAGAUCAGGGUCAGGUGUUGGUAUGGGGAUGUAACAAGUAUGGUCAGUCUACACAAUCUUCAGAGGUCAAACCACAGGUCAACACACCAUAUAUGAUCAGUCAGAAAUUGUUUGGAGAUGAAAAGGUGAAGCUUAUUCAAUCUGGAUGGACACAUCUUAUUGCCCAGACAGAUUCAGGAGCAUUGUAUAGCUGGGGACGAGGUGACUAUGGUCAGUUAGGAAGGUCAAGGCCAGAGGGAACCACAUACAGUCAUGUACCAGCACCGAUUGAUACCUGUGUGAAAGUAUCAUCCUAUACAUGUGGAUCAGAACAUACCUUGUUUCUUGCAGAUGGCAAAGUGUAUGCUCUAGGCUGGAAUGAGCAUGGACUGUGUGCCACUGGUGAUGAGGUUAAUGUUCAGACUGUGACCCUGGUGGCAGCAUUAGAGAACCAAACUGUGAUAUAUAUAGCCUGUGGAGGUGGACAUUGUUUUGCUAUAACAAAAGAUAAUAAAGAAAUAGCUGUUUCCUAGCAUAUGGCCUGUUGGACUGAUAAUUACAAAGCAGUUCUUUCACAAGAUGCAAUGACAUUAUGACCAUUUUCACCAAAACCACAAAAUUUCAUCCCCACGACAAUGAUUUCACAGAAUUUGGAAAAAUUCUAUGAGAAAGCGGCGUCCAGGACCUGGAUGGUUUAUAUUCAUUUAUUUUCUGACCUUGUCCAGCCUUUGUCCUGAACGUUCUUGGUGACUUGCGCAUACCAAAGGACUGCGAGCGGAGGUCAUUGUCUUGACCAACAAAAUGAUAAUAAGUCUUGUUGAGGUGGACGUUAUUUAGCAAAGACAGAAUGAUAAUGCAGGGAUUAGUAUCAACUGAUCACCACAGGAGACGAGGCAAAUGCUUGAACAUACUGGCGACCAAAUGAUGGAAACCGUACUGCUGUUUGACAAUUUGCCUACCAGUGCAAGCAGAUUUACUUCCCUUUGAUGUAUACUGUAGUUUUAAUGCAGAACGUUCCAUCAUACUAUUUUGAUCUGAAAUGUAUUUAAAAAAUCAGGAAAAGUGUAUAGUCUUUGUAUUUUUAUCCUUUUCCUGGUUUGAUUUUAAUGAGAAAGUGUCAAUUUCAUAAUUGUUUAUUUAAUGAACUGACAGGUUUGAGUAAAAAUUGUUUUAAAAUGUUGUUUUUUGAAAUAAAAUGUUUACAAACAAUAUUAGUGACAUAUACAAAUACAUCUAUAAAAUUA